UUGGCCGAUUCCUGGAGUGGGGGGUCGUUAUUUCGGGUGGAGGGUGCAGGAAGAGUGAGAUGAAUAUUGCUCCCUGUUGUCCCCCGUCCCGUCCCGUCCCCCUAUUUCUCCUGGCUUCCCUUUCAGGGCUUCAGACCCUGAAUGGGUGCAAACCUGUCUUGGGGCAGACAAAAAAAACAGCUUUUCCCAAUUGUGAAUUUACCGGAGGUUUGCAACUCCAUGUGAGCAGAAUGUGGGAUUAAAAUUCAAGGUUUUGGAAAACUUUUGCAUUCCAGUUUAAGAUUGCUAGGGGAUCUGCAGUUCCCACCUGCAAGAAAGUGAAAGAGGUUGAGUGUGUGUGUGUGUGUGUGUGUGUGUGUGUGUAAGACCACCCCUUAGAAGCAAAGGGGGUUUGCCAGACCCCAAAUCCCAGUUUGGGAACCAAGCUGACUAUAACCGCUCCUUCAAUUUGCUAUUUUGGAUACUUUGGGUGAGACUCAUUCUUGAUUUUUUUCCCCUAGUUUGAGCUGAGACUGGGAAAGGUCACUCCACAUGAGUGUUGGGUGGGCUUGAGACGACUCGUCUAGACCCCCAGCUCCCACUUAACCCUGCCUCUGAGAAACAGAAGGGAGAAUCUCCUAACCCCUUUUCAAGUCAUGGUGGGUCACCUGCAGUUCCAAGGUAUGGACAACACCAACAAGGAAAAGAACCAGGAGAGUUUGCUGGACAGUCCUGAUUCGGGGCUGCCCCCCAGCCCAAGCCCCCCUUUCUAUUCCUUGUCUCCGGGCAGAGCCGAGAACAAAGCUGUGGAGAAGAAUUCCUGCACAGAAAUCCUGGAUCAGGGGCCCAGGAGAGAUGGGCCAGAAGGGAAGCUGAUUCCUAAUGUUUUUCUGAACUCCUCUGCCUCUGAAAUCAGACCUCGGAUACCGGUGUUUUUCGGAGAAAGCAUCGAGGUCAAACCUGAGCCGGCACAGGAAAUCAGGUGCAAUUCGGAGAUCAAGUACAGCUCAGAGAAACACUUCCGGGAUGACAUCUUCUACCACCCCACGCCACCAUCACCACCUACGAGAGUCGUCACAGUGGCCCCCAACUGCACUUGGCGCAACUAUAAAUCUCAGCUCCUGUUCGAGCCGCGUCAGAAGCCCCUGCGGUAUCAAAGUACAACCAUCAUUUUCCCCAAACACGCCAAAAACCUGUACCGGACCACGCUUCAAUACCGGCUGGGCUGUGCCAAGCGGUGGUUCGCCUCCAGCGUCCAACUCGCCUUGUGCGAGGACAACAACACCCUACCUGACGCAUCCAGAGAACUCUGUCCUAGGCUUCCUGGAAGGUCGGGGCUAGGCUACCCUGUCCACCUACACCAUCGGUUCCACUCUUGGAGACACGUUUAUGGACUUCAUCAUCCCCCGGUGAAGGCAUCUCAGAGACAUCCCAGGGUUACAAUUUCUUCCUUGCCGACUCCAAUUGUGGGCCCACGCAAGUGUCUUUCACACUUCCAAGAACCGGUUCGGGGAGAGAGGCUCCUCCUAAGGAUUUUAAAUUGGAGGUUGAAUUUGUCUCCUGCCAGGUCCAGCCUCUUUAGGUAGCACCCUUAACUGUCAUUUUUUUAACAAAUCAAGAAGUCCAUCGUGCGUAGUUGCUAUUUAAAUCUCUCUAAAGUAUCAAACUUUUUUGAAGAUUUCCCCGCAGCUUUUAGAAGGUUUGUUGCCUUGGGGGAAAAAGUAUUAUCCAAGAAUCUCAUUGGAGCAAAUUAUCAUCAUCAUUUAAUGACUCCCAUAAUCCCUUGCGGGGUGGAGUCUGAGCAACUGAUGGAGCUAGCAAAGUGUUUGAUUGGCCGGAUGCCCUUUCCUGUUGCAAGUAUGGAGUUUUUUUCCAGCAGAUAAUAUUCUCAGCAUGCACAGAGAGAGAAAUAUCAGCCUCUACCUAGGAUCGAACUUACAGCCUCCUGAUUAUGAGAUGAGAGCUCCGCUUCUAGGCCACCACACCACUCAUUGACCAAUCAAGCAAUCUAAGUAUUAAUUUCACCUGGAGAAUAUUAUUGGGAAGCCUCAAGAUCACCAUGAUGGGAUUAACACAUAAAAUAGAGGGAUUUUAUGCAAGAAUUAUAUGUGAUAAGCUUAGCUUUGGGGGUGGUGUGUGUGAGCCAACAGUUGUCUUGGACCAAAUGUCUAUUUCCCCCCCCGUCCCCCCAAAAAACAUUAUGUGAAAAAAAGGGUUUCAAAUCAUAAUUUCAAGAAUUCGCCUCUGUAAAACGUCUGGGAAGGAAACCAGAAGGAGAAACAACUUCACAUUGUUAGGUAACCAAAGAACCGGAAGAAGAAGAAGACAAAAACUUUGCAUGUGCUCCUCAACCAUCUCCUUGCUGUUCUAUUUCUUGCUUUUCAAGAUUGGGAUUUUCAGCAUUUUGAAUGUUGCCAAAAUCUGCACCACCGUUAGAAGUGGCAAAACAGAGAGAGAACUGAUUUGAUCUUAUCGAGCUUCUUUAAAAACAAACAAAACAAAAGCUUUAGGAAGGAGAUUAAUCCAAUGAAUCUUUGGAGCGGAUCUGAAAGUCAAAAUGUUGGAGAAAUUGUUAACCAUGAAUGAUCUUAAAAUAACAGUGACGGUGGCCAAGGCAGUUUUAAAAUGUUCAUUUUGGGGGUAUUUAUAACUAGAGGGA